CCGCGAGCUGACUGAACGGCUCGUUUAUCUUCUCCCGCGCGCAUCCCCCGCUACUCGUCGUCAUUCUUAUCCGCCCGCCAUCCGCCACCGCUACCUUUAUAGCUCUGGCUUCCUUCCUCCAUUCCCUCCCCAUGCCUUCGUCUUCGUGGUGUCGUGCAGCCCCAGCAGUCGUCAGCUACUCAGCUUAGAGCAUCGCACCUCAUCGUUCCACCGUUCGUUCGUUCGUUCGUUCGCGUGAUCUGCUUGGGAGUUGGGGAAGAAUGGAGGCCUACGUCCUGUUCGCGCGCGGCAAGGAGGAGGAGGAGGAGGUGAUCAGCAGGUUCGAGGAGCAGGAGGAGGACAUCGGCUGCCCGUCCGAGCCCUCCGCGUUGCAUUCCACGUCAUCGUCGUCGGACGGGGUGGACCUCGCCGACGACGCUAGCUCGUCCGGGUCCAACUCCCACUUCGAGAUGGCCUCCCUCAUGACGCACCUCCCGAUCAAGAGGGGCCUGUCCAAGUUCUUCGACGGCAAGUCGCAGUCGUUCGCGUCGCUGGCGGCCGUGGCCGGCCUCGAGGACCUGCCCAAGCCGCCGCUGGCGAAGCGGCUCAAGACGUCGCGGAGCUGCGGCGUCGGCCUCAAGGACGCGCACCGCGGCCCUCCCUCUGCGGCCGGCAAGAAGCAGGCGUCCAGAGCGCGGCUGACGACGCCGCCGGCGCUCGUCUCGGCACCCAGAAGACUGGUGCGAGCGCGGACGCUUGUAACGGCGAGACCGGCGGCGGCCGGGAAGUCCCUGUUAUUUGCAUAGGGGAUUCGCCCGCCUACCAGUAAAAUCACUGCCACAUAAUACGGUUGUUACUUGUUAGUUUACGUCGAACUUGAAAAUGAAAUGGCGACUAUGCAUGCGUGUGUAAAUAUUUUGCAAGAGAGCUAACAUGUUACAAAGGCGGGUUUUUUUUCUUCUAAAUUUGAUCCAGCUUGCAUCAAAAUUCAAAGGUUUCUCCCUUCCAUAA